AUGGAGAAGGUCUCCUGGACGGCGUUCCUCUCGGAAUCUUAUGACCUCCUCUGGAAGCUCUUCAUUCGACCCCCAAGGUCCGAGUACCUCAUCUCCGAUCUUGGGCCCAGCAAGUUCCGGAUCCACUCGCGAAUCUACUGCCGCGAGGACUUCCACCUGACCAACGGCCGUGGAAUGCAGCUGGCGUGUAGCAUCUUUGGGUCUUAUCCCAAGAAGCCCAUGGCCUCGACGCCGUGCGUCAUCUACUUACAUGGCAAUUGCUCCUCGCGGGCAGAGGCGUUGGAUGUUCUGCAAGUCGUGCUGGAGAAGAACUUCAGACUCUGUUGCAUGGACCUCUCUGGGUCCGGGCAAAGCGAGGGGGAGUUCAUCUCUCUCGGCCACUUCGAGCAGUUGGACUUGCAGGUCUUGAUUCAGCAUCUCCGAAACCUGGGAGCACGGCUGCUGGGCCUCUGGGGAAGGUCCAUGGGCGCCGUGACAGCGAUCCUCCGUGCAGCGGAAGAUUUCGGCAUCAGCGCACUGGUGCUUGACUCACCUUUCAGCAACCUACCUAUGGUGGCCCAGGAGCUCGUCCAAAGCCAGGUUGGCCUCCCCGACUUCCUGGUGUCCCUGGCCUUGAGCCGUGUGCGCACGGAGAUCCAGGAGCGAGCGCACUUCGACAUUCAGGAGCUCUUGCCCAUCAGAAGUGCACCUCGAGCGAGGUCCCCCGCCCUCUUCGCGGUCGCUGACGACGACGACUUUGUGCUGCCACAUCACACACACGACCUGCAUGCCGUCUGGGGUACCGAAGCCAAGCUGGUGACCUUCCAGGGUGGCCACAAUGGAUCUCGCCCCAAGUGGUACCUGGAGCAGGCCGCCGACUUCUUGGAGACGCGGCUCGUGGACACCUUGCCCACAGCACCGAGUCCGGGGCCCGUCUUCAAGCAGCUGUCGCCCAAGGAGGAGCCAGUGCUGCAGCGAGACGCCGAGGCCGAGGAGCCUUUGCCCCCUCCGCCUCCGCCUGCUCCGCCGGCCCGGAGGGGCACGGGCGGCAUGGCACAGGUGACAACCCAGCUGGAGGAAAUGGGCUUCAGUCAGGACAUCGCCCAAGAGGCAGCCGUGCGCUUUCCUUCAGGAAUGGAGGAAGCCAUGGAGUGGGCCCUGGAAGAGUCCACGAGAAAAGCCACGGAGUCUGCCAAGGCUUUGGGCUCGCUGACGCGCAGGCUGGCAGAGCCGAAACGGCCGCAUCUUUUGAUGCGGGCGGAGACCGCCGAAGUAUCGCCCCAAGUCGAGGCUGCCAGCGCAGCCGCCGGCAGAGCGCUCGAAAGCAAGCUUUCGAAGCUGGUUGUGCUGUCGGAGCUGACGGGUCGACGACCCUUCGAGCGCGAUGGCGAUGGAUACCGAGGCGAGGCUGAGCUGGUGGCGCAGCUCCUCGGGCUGGGCUUCUCCUCGGAUCGGGCACGGGCGGCCGCAGAGCGCUGCUCCACGGUCGAAGCGGCCGUGGCCUGGCUGACGGAUUGCCGGGAGUGA